AUGAGGUUUCCAUUGUCUUUUGCCUUUUUGGUAGCUGCGCUACUAGCUGUUAUGGCCGCAGCUCAGAAAGUCAACAGCAUCACGGAUGCUGUAGCCCAGCUUCCCACAUGCGCGGUUACCUGUAUUCUAUCCGCUGUCAAGGACUCACCGUGCGGGUUAACGAACACGACUUGUAUCUGCAACGAUUCGAAAUUCGAGUCAGAUACCGAGACAUGUAUAGUUGGAGCAUGUAGUAUCAAGGACACACUUCACGCCAAAGCUGUGUUCCAGACUACAUGCAAUAAACCUAUCCGAGAUCACAGCGCAGAAUAUGUCCGGCUUACAUGGGUCCUGAUGGGACUCACCACCUUCGUCGUUGGAGCCCGUUUGAUUUACAAGUAUUUCUCGUCGGCACAGCUCGGGCUCGAUGACUUGUUCACAUUUCUUGCCUACCUGGCCAUCCUUCCAUCGUUCAUCAUCAACCUCGCUGGAAUUCUCCCUGCCGGCCUCGGUAAAGACAUCUGGACCCUCACACCACAUCAAAUUGAAAGCUUCGGUUAUUGGUUCUACAUCUUGGAGCCAAUGUACUUCGUACAGAUGGGUAUUGUUAAGAUGGCGAUUCUAUGCUUCAACAUGCGCAUCUUCGACCGAGCCGGGCUUGGAAAGCUCCUUUGGGGCACAGCCGCCUUCAAUGCCGUUACCACCUUCGUGUUUCUCAUGGUUGGCAUUUUCCAAUGCACGCCUAUCCACUACUACUGGACGAGAUGGGACGGCGAGCAGCAAGGUACUUGCAUCAACAUUAAUGCAGUUCCGUGGGCCAACGCCAUCAUCAGUAUCCUUCUGGACCUUUGGAUGCUGUAUCUUCCUUUGUCGCGGAUCCGAACUCUCAAUCUGCACUGGUGGAAGAAGCUAGCCGUCACACUUAUGUUCUGUGUCGGUACUUUCGUCACCAUCGUUAGUAUCCUGAGACUUCAAUCGCUUAUCCGGUUCGCAAACUCAUUGAACCCUACGUGGGAUCAAUACGACAUCGCAUUCUGGACAUGCCUCGAGGUUCCUACCGGCAUUAUCUGUUGCUGUCUCCCAGCCAUCCGUCUCAUUCUCAUCAAGGCCUUUCCCAAGCUCUUCGGAAUGCUUACCAAGCGCUACGACACACAAAAGCAUGCGGACUCACCCUCGAGCGCCGCGGACGGGAGCCGAAGCGCGAACCGCAUGUCUCGCCCUCUCGGCGACUCCUCGACUACGGAGCUGCAAUCAGCCCUGCGAGGCGGCAAAGGCAUCGUUUGCACUAAGCAUUUUGCGCUGGAGACACAUGACACGUCGAGUGUCUACGGAAUGCAAGAUCUGAAGUCCGGGAGUGCCAAGAAUAGCCUCACACAAAGCCACCGAUCAACGUCGAUCUCGCACACUUCCAGCAAUAUCUCGGACUACGGCGCGCCUGGACGGAAACAGUCUGGUCCCUCCGAGCACUAA